CAAAUCUAUCCGUGACCAGAAGAAGUUUACAAUGUUGGGACCAAUUUGGUCAUUUCCUCAAAGUUGAAACUUUUAAAACCCUGGUAGUAAACACUGCGACAGCAGCUCUAAGUUAUAACUUAUAAGCCCCAAAAUCCGCCGCAACCCACCAUCUCCGCCACCACAAAAACCAUUCUUUAUCAGUUCACAGCAAUCAUCUCCGCACAGCCACCGUUAGCCGACCAAAGCAGCACUUAGUUUGUUUUUGUUCACUUCAACAAUGGCUCAGUUGAAACCAUGCGCUACUAUCACUCCUCCUUCUUCUCUACAUGCAACAGAGCAUGUUUUGUUUAAUCGGUUCUGGAAAUCAAACACAUGUUCAUUCAAAGAGUUCAAGCCAAAAGCUAGUGUUGGUGCCGGUAGACUUCAAGUUGUCAAAGCAGUAGUGCACAGUGAUGCAAAUGUAGAAGUUUCUGAAGCCAAGAAGGGUAGCGGGCUACGAGGAAAAUUGAACAAGGUUGUACUGGCGUACAGUGGUGGCUUAGACACAUCAGUUAUCGUUCCGUGGCUAAGAGAGAAUUACGGAUGUGAUGUUGUGUGCUUCACUGCUGAUGUUGGCCAAGGAAUAAAAGAAUUAGAUGGUUUAGAAGCCAAAGCAAAAGCUAGCGGGGCUUCUCAAUUAGUCGUAAAGGACUUGAAGGAGGAAUUUGUUAAAGAUUACGUAUAUCCUUGCCUGCGUGCUGGUGCCAUUUACGAGAGAAAGUAUUUGCUUGGGACCUCAAUGGCCCGCCCUGUAAUUGCAAAGGCCAUGGUGGAUGUUGCCAAAGAAGUUGGAGCUGAUGCUGUCGCCCAUGGGUGCACUGGGAAAGGAAAUGAUCAGGUUCGAUUUGAGCUCACCUUCUUUGCUCUGAACCCCAAGCUAAACAUUGUGGCUCCAUGGAGGGAGUGGGAUAUUACAGGGAGAGAAGAUGCGAUUGAGUAUGCUAAAAAGCAUAACGUUCCUGUUCCAGUGACAAAGAAAUCCAUAUAUAGCAGGGAUAGGAACCUAUGGCACCUUAGCCAUGAGGGUGAUAUUUUGGAAGACCCAGCUAAUGAGCCACAAAAGGAUAUGUACAUGAUGUCUGUAGACCCGGAGGAUGCUCCAGAUCAAGCAGAAUAUUUGGAAAUUGGUAUAGAGUCAGGGCUUCCUGUUUCACUCAAUGGAAAGCCACUUUCACCAGCAUCUUUACUCGCUGAGCUCAACGAAAUAGGUGGAAGGCAUGGAAUUGGCAGGAUCGACAUGGUUGAGAAUCGGCUUGUAGGCAUGAAGAGCCGUGGAGUCUAUGAAACUCCUGGUGGAACUAUCCUUUUCGCUGCAGCACGGGAGUUGGAGUUUUUGACACUCGAUCGAGAAACAAUACAGGUGAAAGAUUCAUUAGCCCUCAAGUAUGCAGAGUUAGUGUAUGCCGGAAGAUGGUUUGAUCCACUUCGCGAGUCCAUGGAUGCCUUUAUGCAAAAGAUUACAGAGACCACAACAGGUUCUGUGACUUUGAAAUUGUACAAAGGUUCUGUUACUGUAACAGGUAGGAAGAGUCCCUUUAGCCUGUAUAGGCAAGAUAUCUCAUCAUUUGAGAAUAGUGAGAUAUAUGAUCAAGCUGAUGCUGCUGGUUUUAUCCGGCUUUACGGUCUCCCAAUGAGGGUCCGAGCAAUGCUUGAGCAGGGCAUUUAAGUGUUGAUUACGUUUCAAAACAUGUUUUUGAUUGCAAUAAAAAGACAUGCUUUGUUUCACUGGACAACAUAAAUGUCUUAUCUCUGUUAUUUUGAUUUUGCUGUUAUUUUAGUUAUGUUUUUUUAGGAAUUGGAUUGUAAUUUGAGAAAGGUCUUUGAUGUAUUUAACAAUGAAAUUGAUGGCAAGCAAAUUCAUUUUAAGGUACUCUUCUCAA